AUGCCUCACCCGGUUUCGCCGCCCCUGGUGGUGUCGAAAGAGGCCCCUCCCCCGCCGUCACAGGAGGAUGUCGCGGCCUUCCUCAACACAAUCUUUACCGCCCAGACGUCCGCCGCCUCCAUCGAUGCCUGCUACGGGCUCUGCGAGCUGCUGCUGAGCUCCGUCGGCUCCGCCGGCCUGACGACGUACGGCAUCCUCGCCGAGAUCAAGAAGGCCGCCGCCGAUAAGAAGAACGGGCUGCGCCGCGAGAGCAGCCAGAACCUGCUGGGCGCCAUCUUUGAGCGCUUCCCGCCGCGCGAGGCCCUGAGCGAGGUCGUGCUGCUGGUCCAGGAUGCCGGCACCGUGCCCUGCGCCCUGGAUGCCCUGGCCGACAAGGGCUCCGUCGUCCGCGAGGCUGCCCAGUAUGGCCUCGACGCCCUCUUCGCCAACCUCAGGCCCGAGGCUCUCGUCGUCGGUCUGCUGCCCGUGCUGACGCAGUAUCUCGAGAAGAAGACGGGCAAGUGGCAGGGCACCGUCGGCGCCUACCAGCUGCUGCAGAAGAUGGCCGACAAGGCCCAGAUCGUCGUCGGCAGCACCAAGGAGGAGGCUGCGGCACAGGACGUGCUGCGCGAGGCCAUGGGCGCCAAGCUGGCCGGCCUGAUCCCCCUUGUCGAGGGUGGCAUGCACGACUUGAAGACCGAGGUCGAGAAGCAGGCCGUCAAGACGAUGAACUCUCUGACGACGCUCCUGUCCAACGACGACGUUGCCCCCCGGAUCCCCCUGCUGGUCGACACCAUGCAGCAUCCUUCGCCUCAAACCCUCCAGAAGGCCAUCCACGCCCUGUCCCAGACGACCUUUGUGGCUGUUGUCACGUCUCCCGUGCUGGCUCUGCUGACGCCCUUCCUUGAGAGGUCGCUCAACACCCCCACCACGUCUCAGGAGGUCCUCCGCCAGACUGUCGUCAUCGUCGAGAACUUGACCAAGCUUGUCCACGACCCCAUCGAAGCCCGAACCUUCCUUCCCAAGCUGAUGCCUGGUGUCAAGGGUGUCUGCGACCGUGCAUCUCUCCCCGAGGUGCGAGAGAUUGCCGAGCGAGCCCUGGCUACCAUGGAGAAGGCCAUGGGCAACGACAAGGACAUCAUUGCCCGGACCACUGUCGAGGACGUUGCCAAGGUUCUUGAUGCCGAGAUCCAGAAGCACAACGCCGCGGUGCUGCAAUCCGAGAUGUAUAAGCUCGCCAAGAACUACAUUUGCGAGAUGGUUGCCACCGAUGUCAACUACCGCUAUGUGACCCGGAUUUCUUCCAACAUUGUGCCCUACCUGAAGAGCCUGCUGCACCCUGACGCUGCCCAACAGGUGGGAGAUGCCGUCCAGCAAUUCUAUCUGGAAGAGGACCAGCGCAAGUACGGUGUUCCUGAGAAGGAGGACGAUGGCGAGGUCGAGAUUGUCAACGCCGACUUCUCGCUGGCCUACGGUGGUAUGCUGCUGCUUUCUCACACCAAUCUGCGACUUCUCAAGGGCCACCGAUAUGGUCUCUGCGGCCGCAACGGUGCCGGUAAGUCUACUCUCAUGAAGAGUAUUGCCGCCGGCAAGCUCGAGGGCUUCCCUCCCCAGGACGUCCUCCGCACCUACUAUGUCGAGCACAACCAGGGCGAAGACGCCGACAUCAGCAUCCUCGAGUUUGUCUCCAAGGACCCCGAAAUUGGUCCCCAAGGAACCGAGCACAUCUCCAAGGUUCUCGAGGAGUUCGGCUUCACGUCUGGACCCGAGGGCCGUCAGGCCCAAAAGGUCGGCUCUCUUUCUGGUGGUUGGAAGAUGAAGCUUGCCCUGGCCCGAGCCAUGCUCAAGGGUGCCGAUGUCCUCCUGCUGGACGAACCUACUAACCACUUGGACGUUGCCAACAUUGCCUGGCUGGAGAACUACCUCAAGUCGCACCCCGACAUUACCAGUCUGAUCGUGUCCCACGACUCUGGAUUCCUGGACAACGUCACCACCGACAUUUACCACUACGAGCCCAACAAGAAGCUCGCUUGCUACAAGGGCAACCUGGCCGCCUUCGUCAAGGUGCGCCCCGAGGCCAAGAGCUACUACACUCUUUCCGCAUCCAAUGUCCAGUUCAAGUUCCCUCCUCCGGGUAUCCUCACCGGUAUCAAGUCGCAGACUCGUGCCAUCAUUCGCAUGUCCAACGUCUCGUACACCUAUCCCGGGGCUUCCAAGCCUUCACUCCACGAGGUCUCCUGCUCUCUCUCGCUGUCCUCGCGAGUGGCCAUUAUUGGACCCAACGGUGCGGGCAAGUCUACCCUGAUCAAGCUGCUCACCGGCGAGACCAUCCCCACCACUGGCAAGGUUGAGAAGCACCCCAACCUCCGAAUCGGCUACAUCAAGCAGCAUGCCCUGGAGCACGUCGAGAUGCACCUGGAGAAGACUCCCAACCAGUAUCUGCAGUGGCGAUACCAGCACGGUGAUGAUCGUGAAGUGCACAUGAAGCAGACCCGUGCCUUGUCGGAGCAGGACCGCGCCCAGAUGGACAAGUUUGUCGAUCUCAAGGACGGCAAGCCCGCCAGGCAGAUUGAGGCGCUUGUUGGUCGUCAAAAGUUCAAGAAGACGUUCCAAUAUGAAGUGAAAUGGCGAGGCAUGCUCCCCAAGUUCAACACCAUGAUCUCACGUGAGACCCUUCUCGAGCUCGGCUUCGACAAGCUCGUCCAAGAGUUUGACGAUCACGAGGCUUCUCGUGAGGGUCUCGGUUACCGUGAGCUCCAGCCGUCCGUCAUCUCCAAGCACUUUGAGGAUCUUGGCCUGGACCCCGAGAUCGCCAACCACAACGAGAUUGGCUCUCUGUCUGGUGGCCAGAAGGUCAAGGUUGUCAUUGCCGGCGCCAUGUGGAACAACCCCCACUUGCUGGUUCUGGACGAGCCUACCAACUUCUUGGACCGAGACUCCCUGGGCGGUCUGGCCGUGGCGAUUCGCGAGUUCAAGGGAGGCGUUAUCCUGAUCUCCCACAACGAGGAGUUCGUCGGCGCUCUCUGCUCCGAGCAGUGGCUCGUCAACGACGGACGCGUGACUCAGCGAGGCAACACGGCUGUUGACCUGAACCGCUUCGAAGACAGCCGUCCCGGAAGCGGCGUCACCAGCACCGCGGCCAGCUCCGUCGUCAGCAGCGCCGUCAACUCUGGCGUCGAGGAUAACAAUGGCGAGCUCAAGUUCAAGGCUCGCAAGAAGAAGAAGUUGACCAAGAAGGAGCUCAAGGAGCGGGAAGUCCGUCGUCGUCUGAGACACAUUGAGUGGCUCAACAGCCCGAAGGGCACUCCUCACCCUCCCGAUACUGAUGACGAGGAGUAA